AUGAUCUGUUCGCUGUCAGUUUCAACGCAUCACGAUGGACCUCAACGAUACACCGUAAACGGUCAGAACCUCGGCAUUGCAGAUGCUGUCAAACAGCAUCCGGAAUUGGUUCGCGAGGCGCUUGCUGAAGGUCUCCUUUCUAUACCUCUUGAAGAUUCGCACGUUACUCGGAUCCGACUUCACGAAAAUUUCCGUCGCUCUCUCAACGCCAAACGAGACGUCACACCGUAUCGGUUACAGAGCGUCAUCAAUAAGGCUCGUCGUGAAAACCUUGAUCCAAACUCACCAGAUGCAAAAAUCUACGAGCACGGGGGCGCCAAUGCCAUUGCGGCAUAUGCUGCGGCGGCGGCAGAUCAACAACAUGUCUUAUCGCUCCUAGAAACACUUCCCGACCAUGAUCUUCGUCGUUUACUUAAAGCAAUCGAUGAGAUUGAACCGCAUCCUGAUCUUCGCUAUAUGACUGAAAGAGCGUGCCGAAAGACAUCCACCGUAUCGUCCAAGCGUAAACACAUAGCUGGACCACGGCGACGUCACACUGCUCGACAGAUCAGCUUUCGCUGGAAAAGAUGA